AUGGGAAAUCUAACGAUAUAUCUUGGCGCACUUCUUUUUUGUCUUUUAGCGCUAAUCUACACUUUCGAUAUUUCCUCAACGCUUUCAACCAGCUACUCUACUGUACAAGCCAUUCAAAAAUCCCCCACAACUCGAACAUUUUUAGGGAUCUUUCUAGUAUCUCUCUGCAUCUUCUUCAUUUAUUCUUUCAUUUCUAAGCCGCAAUCCAAAAGAUCUUCUAAAGUCUAUGCUCAGCGUAUUAAUCCUCACGAUUAUCAAAACCAAGCCUCAGAAUAUACUAAAGAAAAGCUGAAUGAGCUUUACUCAAGCCCAGAAUUCCAAACCUUUAUGGCACAGAAAAGAAACGCUAGGCCAUCAGAAGAGCCUCUUUAUGAAUUAUAGGAAUUGCCCGAGGAUGGCGCUAUCUUGCGCCAUCCUCGGGCAAUUCAAUAAUGGCCCCACACCGGGAAUCGAACCCACGUGUGGGGCCAUUUUUUGGUGCGUGUAAGUCGAUGUUGGCCACACACCAAAAAUGGCCCCACACGUGGGUUCGAUUCCCGGUGUGGGGCCAUUUUUUGAAUUGCUCGAGGAUGGCGCAAGAUAGCGCCAUCCUCGGGCAAUUACUAUAUCAGAUGACGAGCUUUCAGAUUAA